GAUUUUCAAGCAUAAUCUGGUACUCAUCGGUUAUCAAUCGCCUAUAAAAAUACGUGGAAGCGAUCAAAAUCAAUCUAUUUGUCUGAGUUUCUUCUGUUGAUUUUGAAAUAAGAUAGAUCAGAAUGAAAUUCAUCGUUGCACUAAUUGCGCUAAUAGUCGCUGUUAACGCAGUUACAAUUGAAGAAGCCACAGAAAAAUGGAACGUAUUCAAGACGACUCAUUCUAAGCAAUAUCAUCCUAAAGAAGAACAACUACGCUUCACAAUUUUCCAAGAAAACCUUCGCAAAAUCGAAGAACAUAACGCAAAAUAUGAAAGUGGAGAGGUUUCAUAUUAUUUCGCUGUCACUGGCUUCGCUGAUUUAACUAGUGAAGAGUUCAAAGCUAUGUUGAAUUCCCAAAUGUCCACAAAACCAAAAAUGAACAACACGAAUCGUUUUGUAGUAGAUCCUGAAGCCGAUGUACCCGAUAGUAUUGACUGGAGAGAAAAAGGUGCUGUUUUGCCAGUUAAAAAUCAGGGUAACUGCGGAGCUUGCUGGGCUUUUAGUGCGACUGGUGCAUUAGAAGGACAAAUAGCUAUCAAGAAUGGUGAACAACAAUCUCUUAGUGAACAACAAUUAGUAGAUUGCUCCACUAAAAACGGAGGAUGCAAUGGUGGUUGGAUGGACUGGGCAUUUGAUUACGUCAAAGAACAUGGUAUUUGCUCAGAAGAUAGCUACGCAUAUCUCGGUGUAGAUUCAGGGUGUAAAACAUCAUGCGACACUGUUCUUUCUACAAUUUCAGGUUAUGUAGAUGUCGAUGCCAAUGAAAAAUCCCUUCAGGAAGCCGUAGGAACUGUUGGUCCCGUUUCCAUCGCAGUCUCUGCUUCUAUUGAAUGGCAACUGUAUGGAGGAGGUGUUUUCAGUCUUUUCCUGUGUAACUUCGAAGAAGUAAACCACGGAGUUCUGGCUGUCGGAUAUACUGACCAAUAUUGGAUCAUCAAAAACUCAUGGGGUACAUCUUGGGGAGAGCAAGGAUAUAUAAGAUUAAUCAAAGGAAGAAAUGAAUGCCACGUUUCUGAUAUAGCCAGUUAUCCUGUUUUGUGAAUAUAAUAUCAAUAAAACUAUUAUUUAUAGACAA